GAGCAUCUUCCGCCGCGCGCAUCUUCAACUAUGUCAAGUGUUGUCCUCGAGCAGUGAGCACAACAAAACACAGGUCCGCGAGCUCAAUAGGGGAUUAGCCAGUAUGUUAACAAGUAAGCGCCUCGUUGUGUUGUAGCUGUUAUGCCAGUAAAACAGUCCGAACAUGCCAGAUCACGUAAACUGUGAACAGUCUGAGGAGCAGCCUGCGACUGAAAGCGAGUUUGAGGCAGAGGGCUUGGAGUUCAUUAAUUCAUCAUCCAUAAGAAUAGAAUAUUAUAGUUCAUUUGAGUAUUGUCUGAAGUGGAAGAGACCCAUGUAUCGCCAACGCCCCUCCAGACUACCAAAGGCCUCCAAGAAGAGCCCCCAGAGAAGUCCCAGCCCAAAUGAAGAAGUUAUCCAGCGCAAGUUGAGGGGUAAGAGACAGAGGACAGGCCUGAGGAAGAUCGGAGCUGGCGACAGCGUAGUCAGUAGAGAUGAGGAGAAGGACCGUGACAUCAUCGACAUCAUUAACAGCACACAUGAUGAAAAAGAUAUCGCAGAGUAUGAAGGGAAGUCUGUAGAGGUGACUGAUGAAGGAGUGGACGAGUCAGAUGAAGACUGCUGCUCUGUUACCAGCAGCAUAGCUUCUGGUCCUUCCUUCCUACGUGACGCCUCUCCCAAGAAACCGAGGCCCUCGCAGGGCUUGUGCUCAGACUGUCAGAAUCUCUACCAGAAGGCAAAGAAGAAGAAAGCACCAAUUAAAAACAAACUCCUAGACAACGAUCCCAAGUCCCUGACAUGUGACCAGUGGGUCCUGAUCAAGAACUGGAGACCUAAGAGGCUGCCUAAUGCAAGAGGGAAGCUUUUGCUCCAUGUACAACUGGUUAAGAAAAGACUUAAGGUCAACAAUGGUGCAAAGCAACCUGCACAAUGUGUGGAAGAGGGAGAAUCAUCAGCCUGUUCGAGGCCGCACACUUUCCUUCGGAGGAACCUUAGACGGCAUGUCAGAGUGCCAGUGAAGAAAAACAGGAGGAAGAGGAGGAGAGAUGGUACUCAGGAUCCUCGCGCCACUAAGCAGCAGCGUCUCCACAGCAACAAUCACAGCCAACACAUCAGUAUUGGCAGUACCAAUGAGAUCGGUCUUCACCCGACCAGCGGUCACAGUAGCAGUCCGGGUUUUGAGGGUCGUAGCGAUCAAGAAGUCGACGAUCAAGCGGACACAAAUCUGAAUGUUGGUUUGAUUCCCUCCACAGUCACCCUGACAACCACCAAGCCAAGCGAGGUCCCACCCAAACAGAAAACACCAAAGAAGAGGGGUGGAUUCAGAGACUUGCUUGUGCAGUUGCGCGGCAACAGCAACAUGAUCGUCCGAGAAACAUGUUAGUGACGUGACUCUGACUUUUUUUAAGCUACACUUUAACAGCCAUUCUGGCCAUAUUGUAGCUUUGACUUAUGAUGUUUCCUGUUUAGCCUGGCUAUUAUUCUGUUCUAAACACCAGUCUGUAAAUACUUGCUCUGGUGUACCUGGAGUCAUACCUGUACCUAUAGGUCUGAGUUUGUUGGCAAAGUACUGCUGCAGUUCCACGUACUUGCAUGUUAUUUAUUUUUUUGAAUUUCAAAAAGUAUAUAUUUAAAGUUUUUAUUUUUACAUUAAAGCUGUUUUUACUGUAUGCCAACGAUAGACAGAUUCAAAAUGUUCCUUACAAGUAGACCUACAUAAGCACUUUCAGUAAGAUUAUUCAGACGACUAUUUAUAGCUGUGUCCCAAUUGAAUAAGACAUACUAAUUCAAUGCAGGUUAUGAGUGUGUGGUUGCUUUACAAUAGAAAAGUGACUAAAUUAAAUAUAUUUUUAAAAGUGCUGUUGUCUUACAGUGGAAGUCGCGGUUUGACAUCCGACAGCGUACGGUUGCAUAAUUUUCUCUUUGUACAAAAUAUUAAGGAAUAUUUAUUUUAAAAAAAACAACUAUAAAGAUCAUAUUGUAUAGUAGGGAUUUGGGACACAGUGUCUACCUACCCUAGCUGUAUGUAUAAAAAAAACACUGUUAACUAAGAAUAUUAUAAAUAAAUAGCAAGUGGUGGACAGGAGCCAUGUUCUGUAAGAUGGUAAAGGGAUCUGUUGGUAGUAUUGGGCAGUGUAGGACCCUUUCUCUAGAAGCCCACAUGGUGGCGCCACUUAAUGCAGGAAUCAGCACUUUGGUUACAGUAUAU